AUGCAGAGCCACCAAGCCCCGGUGUGGAAUUCCUUGACGGCUGCGUCGAAGAGGGCGGUCGGUGCAUCAUCGGAGGCGGCCCUCGGGGCACGUGACCGCGUUCUCAUCCUGGGGAUGGUGAUGUCAUUAGAUCUUCGAGGCACCGACGAAUGGCUCCUCCCCAUUCAUCUCCAGCCCGCCAUCUACUGGCUGAGGCUGGAGGAUGUGACGGAGCUGGAGGGAAGCAUCUGGCCUCGUGUGGACCCUCUGGAGCUACCCUUCCGCGUGGAGUGA